UUGCUGACUGACCUGCAGAGAUGCUCCCCGGGUGGCGCACUGAGGUGCUUGUGGUCCUUUAUACCCGCUCUUGGGGAGAUGCGUGGGAUGCGCAGACCCAGGAUGGGUGGGGGCGGUCCUCCAGACUGCUCUUUGGCCACCUUGGGAACGCAACUUUUCCGGGGGUGUGGGUGGGGAGAGCAUCAGUGCUGGGUGGGAGAGGCUGUCGUCCUGGGCACCCCGCCCCCUCCUGGGCCGCCCCUCCCCCGCGCCCCUGCUCUGGCUCUCCAGCAUCCUCACUCCGCCCAGUUCUGUGCCAGCUGCGUGGGCUCUGGUUUCGUGCGGGUUUUUUUCCCCCUUGGAAUGCUCCAAAAAACUCGGCAGUGACUACGGAAACCCCAUCGGAACUGACCAGCUGCGCUAGCACCAGGCACAGCACUGGUGCCACGCGCCCGCCGAGCCCACCGCGGUCACUUCAGCCACCAGAUUGCAACUUUGCGGAGAUGAUGGACUAGCAUGGCCUGAAGCAUGGCUCAGUUCUAUUACAAACGAAAUGUCAACGCCCCCUACCGAGACCGCAUCCCACUGAGGAUCGUCAGGGCAGAAUCUGAACUCUCACCAUCAGAGAAAGCCUACUUGAAUGCCGUGGAAAAGGGGGACUAUGCAAGCGUCAAGAAAUCUCUGGAGGAAGCCGAGAUUUAUUUUAAAAUCAACAUUAACUGCAUUGACCCCCUUGGGAGGACUGCUCUUCUCAUUGCCAUUGAAAAUGAGAACCUGGAGCUGAUUGAACUGUUGUUGAGUUUCAAUGUCUAUGUUGGCGAUGCGCUACUUCACGCCAUCAGGAAAGAGGUGGUUGGAGCCGUGGAGCUACUGCUGAACCACAAAAAGCCCAGCGGAGAGAAGCAGGUGCCUCCCAUCCUCCUUGACAAACAGUUCUCUGAAUUCACCCCAGACAUCACGCCUAUCAUCUUGGCUGCACAUACAAAUAAUUAUGAGAUAAUCAAACUCUUGGUCCAGAAGGGUGUCUCGGUGCCCAGACCCCACGAGGUCCGCUGUAACUGUGUUGAGUGUGUCUCCAGCUCAGACGUGGACAGCCUCAGGCACUCACGGUCCAGGCUCAACAUCUACAAGGCUUUGGCCAGCCCCUCGCUCAUUGCGCUGUCAAGUGAAGACCCUUUCCUCACCGCCUUUCAGUUAAGCUGGGAGCUGCAAGAACUGAGUAAGGUGGAGAAUGAAUUCAAGUCGGAGUAUGAGGAGCUGUCUAGACAGUGCAAACAGUUUGCUAAGGACCUCCUAGAUCAGACACGGAGUUCCAGAGAGCUGGAAAUCAUUCUUAAUUACCGUGAUGACAAUAGCCUGAUCGAAGAACAGAGUGGAAAUGAUCUUGCGAGGCUAAAAUUAGCCAUUAAGUACCGUCAAAAAGAGUUUGUUGCUCAGCCCAACUGCCAGCAGCUGCUCGCUUCCCGCUGGUACGAUGAGUUCCCAGGCUGGAGGAGAAGACACUGGGCGGUGAAGAUGGUGACAUGUUUCAUAAUAGGACUACUCUUCCCCGUCUUCUCCGUGUGCUACCUGAUAGCUCCCAAAAGCCCACUUGGACUGUUCAUCAGAAAGCCAUUUAUCAAGUUUAUCUGCCACACAGCCUCCUAUCUGACCUUUUUGUUUCUGCUGCUGCUAGCCUCUCAGCACAUCGACAGGUCAGACUUGAACAGGCAAGGUCCACCACCAACCAUCGUGGAGUGGAUGAUAUUACCGUGGGUCCUGGGUUUUAUAUGGGGAGAGAUUAAACAGAUGUGGGAUGGCGGACUUCAGGAUUACAUCCACGACUGGUGGAAUCUAAUGGACUUUGUGAUGAACUCCUUGUAUCUGGCGACAAUCUCCUUGAAGAUUGUCGCAUUUGUAAAGUACAGUGCUCUGAACCCACGGGAAUCAUGGGACAUGUGGCACCCCACCCUGGUGGCAGAGGCUUUAUUCGCAAUUGCAAACAUCUUCAGUUCCCUCCGCCUGAUCUCUCUGUUCACUGCCAAUUCUCACCUGGGGCCUCUGCAGAUAUCUCUGGGAAGAAUGCUCCUGGACAUCCUAAAGUUCUUAUUCAUAUACUGCCUCGUGCUGCUAGCUUUUGCAAAUGGCCUAAAUCAACUGUACUUCUACUAUGAAGAAACGAAGGGGUUAAGCUGCAAAGGCAUACGGUGCGAAAAACAGAACAACGCGUUCUCCACGUUAUUUGAGACUCUACAGUCCCUGUUUUGGUCAAUAUUUGGACUCAUCAAUCUCUAUGUUACCAAUGUCAAAGCCCAGCAUGAGUUCACUGAAUUUGUUGGGGCCACCAUGUUUGGCACAUAUAACGUCAUCUCUCUGGUUGUCCUCCUGAACAUGCUGAUCGCUAUGAUGAAUAAUUCUUACCAACUAAUUGCCGACCACGCAGAUAUAGAGUGGAAAUUUGCUCGAACAAAGCUUUGGAUGAGCUACUUUGAAGAAGGGGGUACCCUGCCUACACCUUUCAAUGUCAUCCCAAGCCCCAAGUCCCUGUGGUACCUGGUCAAGUGGAUAUGGACGCACUUAUGUAAGAAAAAGAUGAGAAGAAAGCCAGAAAGCUUUGGGACAAUUGGGCGGCGUGCUGCUGAUAACUUGAGAAGGCAUCACCAAUACCAAGAGGUGAUGAGGAAUCUGGUGAAGCGGUACGUGGCAGCCAUGAUCAGAGAGGCAAAAACUGAAGAAGGCUUGACAGAGGAGAAUGUUAAGGAACUAAAGCAAGACAUUUCUAGCUUCCGCUUCGAAGUUCUGGGAUUGCUCCGGGGAAGCAAGCUCUCAACAAUACAGUCAGCCAACGCAGCGAGUUCAGCCAGCUCCGCGGACUCCGAUGAGAAGAGCCACAGCGAAGGUAAUGGCAAGGACAAGAGAAAGAAUCUCAGCCUCUUUGAUUUAACCACUCUGAUCCACCCGCGGUCGGCAGUCAUUGCCUCCGAGAGACAUAACCUAAGCAAUGGUUCUGCCCUGGUGGUGCAGGAGCCGCCCAGGGAGAAGCAGAGGAAAGUGAAUUUUGUGGCUGAUAUCAAAAACUUCGGGUUAUUUCAUAGACGGUCAAAGCAAAAUGCUGCUGAGCAAAACGCAAACCAAAUCUUCUCUGUUUCAGAAGAAAUUACUCGUCAACAGGCGGCAGGAGCACUUGAGAGAAAUAUCCAACUGGAAUCCCAAGGAUUAGCUUCACGGGGUGACCGCAGCAUUCCUGGUCUCAAUGAACAGUGUGUGCUAGUAGACCAUAGAGAAAGGAAUACGGACACUUUGGGUUUACAGGUAGGCAAGAGAGUGUGCUCCUCCUUCAAGUCGGAGAAGGUGGUGGUGGAAGACACCGUCCCUAUUAUACCAAAGGAGAAACACGCCCAGGAGGAGGACUCAAGCAUAGAUUAUGAUUUAAGCCCCACGGACACAGUUGCCCAUGAAGAUUAUGUGACCACGAGAUUGUGACAACUUGGAGAAGGAGUGUUUACCAUACCUAUACAUAUUUUCCAUAGUGCUCUGGGCAGGCAAAAUGUAUGAAAUUACAUUAUCAAAUGCUAAUUUACACUUUCUAACGUUUAUCUGUCGUGGCGUAUUAGCCUGUAUUUAUGUUUGAACAAAGCAGAGGCAACGUGAACCCUCCUCUUUUGUAGCCUGCUUUUGCUAUCAUGGUUUAUUUUACAAGUGUUUCUGUUGAAUAAACGCACCUUCUACCCUUGUACUGUUACAAUAACCCACAGAAAAUUUUUAGCUAUCUUUUUCAAUUAAAACCAAUGCAAUUGAUUUCAUGUGGUAAGUGGCUCCUACAAUAGAUAUUUUUAUAUGCAAAACAGUGUAUGUUGAAAUAAUAAACAUUAGACAUUUUCGUAACUUUGGGGCAGGGGGGGAUUGUUAGAGCUGACUGCUCACUGAAGACUUCCAUCCAUCUUGACGUAAUAAUUUAAUAAGCAACUGUUACCAAGUUACUUCUUCUGAACAUGUAAAUAACUAUCAGACACAGUUAUUAAAGCAAGAAAACACCUACCCAUAGGACUCCGUUCCAACCCUCUACUACAGAGAAAGUCUGAAACAGUUUGGAGAUCUUUUAGGCUAUACUCCCGGUAGUGAAAGUUUUGUCUCCAUGACUGAUGAUUCGUGUUGGCAUUUUGUCAUCAAAUUCACACCCUUUGCGAGCCUCAGAUUCAACUACUUACCAAGGUAAAUGUGGCCCUUCGUCCACAUUCUGGCAAUCUGUCUUGUUGCAAAGCUCUCAGGAAUAAAAUGAUAACAAGUUCCGAUUGCCCAAGUACUUAGGUAGCAUGCACACCCAGAAUCUACAUACAAGGAAGUGAUUUUUCUGAUGCUCUGACCACUCAUUGUCGCUUAGCAAAGGAACAAGGAGCCCCCGCUUCCCUAAAUGAUGGAAAUAUAGUUCUUAAAACUGAUACAUCAGAAACUUCACCAGUGAUAUUGAUACAGUGCAUAUAUUUCCUUAGAGAAAGUUUUCAAUUCCCGUUUGUUUUGUCAUCUAAGCGACACUUUCCCUUUGAUUUCAUUCACUUCCCAGACUUUUGAAAGGAAAAUAUUUGCAUGUGUUCUAAAAAUGACGCUGGAGGUCUCUUGCAGUUCAGAUGAACUAAGUGCAACUCUUUCGAGCCAUCCUAGAAAGAUUCCUCACUAUGGGCUAUGGCAUUACGUCAAAUCAAUGAAGGCUGUUGAGUCUAUUUUCCCUUAGACUUUGUCUCUGUGGACUACAGAAGCAAGGUAAUUUAGCAUGGAUCAGAACUGUCUAAUAUGACCAGAAGUAAGAGAUGGCGGCAGGAAAGGUGUGGACCAUCUAUGUGUGCAGUACAAAUAGAAGGAUUUAAAAAGCUGCUGCUAGUUCAACUCAGGUACAGACGAGGAAACCGAGUCAAUCUAUAACUGGAGGUUUGUGAUGGAGCUUUGACAUAUCCUUGGAGACCAUUCCCUUCACCACCGCUCCCCAAACAAACACCAGAAAAACAAAGUGCUACUUAUUUUGACAGUGAGUUAGGUAAAGUUCCAUAAAUGCGUGCCCAUUCUUGUAAAGAGAGAACCACACACAAAAGUAAAGUCUUUAAAGCCAAUCGCAUCGCAGGCAUUAGCAGAGAAAGCAGUAUGCAGCGUGGGAUUUCAGCUAUGGACUUGAAGUAUUAGAGCAGCCAAGACUUUGAACAUCUACCCCUAAAUCUGAGAAUUUAAGAGCAGGCUGGAGGCGUCUAGAGAAACACUAGCCUAGUGGGCAUGGGGAAUUCUUCAAGUACACCUUCACUUCCAGUGUCUUAGCACACAGAAUUCUGCCAAAAACAUUCCAAUUACUCAGUAAUGGAAACCCUGCAGGCUUACUUUUAAUGUUGGGGGUUAUUUUUUAAAUCAAUAGAUCCUGCCUCUUAGGUGGUUUUUUUUUUUUAAUAAUGACCCUUUAUAUCCUCAUUCUACAUGUCUUUUCAGAAUUGAUUUCAAAUCCUCUCUGCCCUUCAAACAACACCAAAGUUAAUAAAACCAACACCUUUCCCUUUUCCUUUCUUCUCCUCUCAUUGUUGUUCUGGCCUGGGAGAGUGCUGGCAUUUUACUGGACUGCUGGUGACUGACAGGCGUUUAUGUGGAUUGGAGAGCACCUGCUCUCAGUGUUCUGGAAGUGAUUUCCUCACGGCUCUGAUGCCACCGAUAGGUGCCUUUGUGACUAGGAAUGGAGUAACAUCAUUAGUGUCAAAUCUCCUUAACAUAUCUUAUACGCUGAUUACAAGGCAGCAUUAACUAGGAGGAACGGCCAGUACAGAAAGAGAAACUGGAAACAACAUGGGGUUUUCAGACAAAGGAACCUGCCCUAAGUACUUUAAGGGAGCAACUUGGGUUUUUUGUUAUUAUGCUUGUUCCUAUGCCUAGAAAUCCCCGAUACUCAAGAGAAGUUUAAAAUUGCCUUCCAUCUGUGGUAAUAGCCUUUCCUUUGUUUUAGUCCCUCAUGGUAUUAAAAGAAAAUAUACAAUAUACACUUUGGGGAAGAAUUUUAUGGAAAAUCCAAAUGAAGAUUAACAGUUUUGAGGCUGAAUAACAUUUAUUUAUUCUAAUCUCAUUUAUAACUAAGCGUGGUAUAAAGGGUAUAAAGUCACCUCCUUGUGUGACAGCAGUGACGUCCUGACAUUUUCUGUAGAAAUACACCUGUAUUAGUUUUCAUAAGAAAACUGGCUAUUUAAAAAAUGGUAGUGGAUUUUUUUUGUAAGGUGAUGAAUUAUUUUUCAAAGUGCUUAUCAUCCUGAAAAAAAAUGUAUGUUUCAUGAGCUGCCUAUGUGUAUAUCAAAUUUUCUUAAAUUAUAUUUUAUUUACUGGCUGGUGAUUAAAACAGUGCAAACGAAAAAAACAAAAAAAAAA